GUCUCCAGUUGAGAUGUUGUCCUUAUGUCGCGUCGUGCGACCUCUCGCUUUCCGUGCACGUCGUUGCGCUCAUAAUCCUGCUUUCUCUCAUCUAAACACCGUGACCGAAGAGGAUGUCGCCCAUUUCUCCAACAUCCUAGCACCAUCCUCUGUGUUCUCCACUAUCGGUUCUAACUCCGUUUCUUCCAACGAUAUCGCCACAUACAAUGUAGAUUGGAUGGGGAAGUAUUACGGGAAGGCUACCACUGUCCUAAGGCCCCGCUCGACAGCAGAAGUUAGUGAAAUAGUCAAGUGGUGCGCUAAACGGAAAAUAGGUAUCGUUCCUCAAGGCGGAAAUACGGGCUUGGUGGGAGGAAGCAUUUCACUUGACAAGGAAAUUGUCCUGAGCUUGGGCGCCAUGUCCAAAGUGCGCUCGUUUGACCCAGUAUCUGGAAUACUAGUGGCAGAUGCUGGAUGCAUUCUCCAGUCGCUGAGUGAAUAUGUUGCUCCUCAUAAUCAUAUAAUGCCGCUUGAUCUCGGCGCGAAGGGGAGCUGUCAAAUUGGUGGAAAUGUUUCCACCAACGCUGGAGGCCUUCGUCUGUUGCGAUACGGCACAUUGCAUGGCACCGUACUAGGACUUGAAGUUGUUCUCCCUGAUGGAACGAUCCUGGACCAGCUAUCAACACUCCGGAAAGAUAACACUGGCUAUGACAUGAAACAACUGUUCAUUGGCGCGGAAGGUACCCUCGGUGUCGUCACAGGUGUCUCAAUUCUCACACCCCCAGCGCCUCAGGCUUCUCAUAAUGUCAUGCUUGCACUUCCUCGAUACGACAAUGUACUCCCUCUGUUCCAAACUGUUAGGCGGCAGCUUGGAGAAAUCCUCUCUUCCUUUGAAUACAUCGACCGUACUGCAUACGACAUGGCGAUAGAUCACGGCCACAGCCGUAUUUUCAAUGAAGAAGAACUAAAGAGUACCCAGUGCUUCGUUCUUGUGGAGACCAGUGGCUCAAACAAGGAACACGAUGAACAGAAAUUAACCGAACUCCUGGAAUCCUUGCUCACUGCCGCCAAGCCUUUGAUUGUCACCGGUACACUCUCCCAAUCUGCUGCUCAGUUCGCUUCAUUAUGGGCCCUUCGCGAGGGGCUGACUGAGGCUGUUCAGAAGGAAGGAAAACCUUAUAAAUAUGAUAUUUCUGUUCCGAUCGCAGAUUUCCAGAGGGUCGUUGACGUCCUUCGUGAUCAGCUCAAGUCCAGAGGGCUGUACGGAGAUCAUGCUGUUUCAAAGGUUAUGGGCUAUGGUCACGUCGGGGAUGGCAAUUUGCAUAUCAAUGUCAUCGCCAAACACGGUUACGCUCCAGAAAUCGAACAGGCCCUUGAACCUUUUAUCUACGAGGUUGUCGCAUCUCUGAAUGGUUCUGUGUCUGCAGAGCAUGGGUUAGGGUCGAUGAAGCCCCAUGCGCUCCACUAUUCUAAGAGCAAUGUCAGCAUAGAUUGGAUGAGGAAGAUCAAAGGAACGUUUGACCCUCUAAACAUCAUGAACCCUGGCAAGGUUCUUCCUUGAUACCUUGCUUCUAUUUGUGAUAUUAUUUCUCUGGGAUAUAUACUAUAUUUUUGAUUGAG